AUGCAGUUGGCACCGAAGGAGAUCGCAACACAGAUAGAUAAGCUCCUCAUAUCCCAAAUCGGCACCCUCGCACAACGACGCCUGGCUCGCGGCGUACGACUCAACCAUACCGAAGCACUGGGCCUCAUCGCGAGCGUCCUACACGAGUUGAUAAGAGAUGGCGAAUACACCGUGGCAGACCUCAUGUCCAUCGGUACAACGCUGUUGGGGCGCAGGCAUGUCCUGCCCAGCGUUCCACAUACCUUGAUGGAGAUGAUGGUGGAGGGCACGUUCAGGAAUGGGACAUAUCUAGUGACAAUUCAUAACCCUAUCGCGACGGAUGAUGGGAAUUUGGAGAGGGCGUUGUAUGGGAGUUUCCUGCCGAUCCCUGGGCUGGGGAAGUUUCCGUGGCCGCCGGUUGAGGGGUUGGAGGCGUGGAAGGGGGGAAAGAUGCCCGGGGCGGUGGUUGCGGUGAAGGGGACUGCGAGUAGGAUUCAUCUUAAUGUUGGGAGGAGAAGGAUCAGGAUGAAGGUAACGAGUAAAGGAGAUCGCCCGAUUCAGGUGGGAAGUCAUUACCAUUUCAUUGAGACGAAUCCGAAGCUGGAGUUUGAUCGGUUGAGGGCCAAGGGCAUGCGGUUGGAUAUUCCUGCGGGUACGUCGAUUCGGUUUGAGCCGGGGGAUAUGAAGACUGUGACGCUGGUGGAGAUUUCGGGGAAUCGGAUUAUUGCGGGUGGGAAUGAUGUUGCUCCGGGGGAUGUUAAGGAUUUGGAAGGUGUGUCUGGCGAAGAGGAUGCGGGUAUCAUGCAUAGGUUGCGAGAGGGUGGGUUUUUGAAUGUUGAGCAGCCAGACGCUGAUCAGAUUCUGGACCCGUACUCGAUGCCGCGAGAAGACUACAUUGCCAUGUUUGGACCCACAACUGGUGAUCGCAUCCGUCUUGGACCGACAGACCUCUGGAUCAAGGUCGAGCGCGACAUGACUGUCUACGGCGACGAAUGCUCCUUCGGCGGAGGCAAGACUAUCCGUGAUGGUAUGGGUCAAGCCAGUGGUCGCCGCGACGCGGAAUGUCUAGACACUGUCAUAACCAACGCCCUUAUUGUCGACUGGACGGGGAUCUACAAAGCAGACAUUGGCAUCAAGAAUGGUCUUAUCGUUGGAAUCGGCAAAGCAGGCAACCCAGAUGUGAUGCAAGGCGUAGACCCUGCUCUCGUAAUUGGUGCAGCGACGGAUGUUAUUGCCGGUGAGCAUAAGAUCAUCACAGCUGGUGGGUUUGAUAGUCACAUCCACCUCAUCUGCCCACAGCAAGCCUACGAAGCCAUCGCCUCCGGCAUCACCACCUUCCUCGGCGGCGGCACAGGUCCCAGCACGAGUAGUAAUGCAACAACCUGCACCCCCAGCACCACCAUGAUCAAACAAAUGCUCCAAGCCUGCGACUCCCUCCCCAUCAACAUCGGCAUAACCGGCAAAGGCAACGACGCCUCCCCCAUCCCCCUCCGCGACCAAGUCGAAGCAGGAGUCUGCGGCCUCAAACUCCACGAAGACUGGGGCUCCACGCCCAAAGCCAUCGAUUCCUGUCUAAGCGUCUGCGACGACUUCGACAUCCAAUGCCUCAUCCACACCGACACGCUCAACGAAUCCGGCUUCGUCGAAACCACCGUCGCAGCCUUCAAGCACCGCACAAUCCACACCUACCACACCGAAGGCGCCGGCGGCGGCCACGCCCCGGACAUCAUCAGCGUGGUGGAACACCCCAACGUCUUACCGUCGUCUACCAACCCGACGAGGCCGUAUACGGCCAACACGCUCGAUGAGCAUUUGGAUAUGUUAAUGGUGUGUCACCAUUUGAGUCGGAAUAUUCCAGAGGAUGUGGCGUUUGCGGAGAGCAGGAUUCGGGCGGAGACGAUUGCGGCUGAGGAUGUGUUGCAUGAUUUGGGCGCGAUUUCGAUGAUGAGUAGUGAUUCUCAGGCUAUGGGGAGGUGUGGGGAGGUUGUGGGGAGGACGUGGAAUACGGCGCAUAAGAAUAAGGUUCAACGAGGUUUCCUCCCUGAAGAUGAAGGCACGGAUGCUGAUAAUUUUCGCGUCAAGAGGUAUGUUAGUAAGUACACCAUCAACCCUGCCAUCGCGCAGGGUAUGGGCCACCUCAUCGGCUCUGUCGAAGUGGGCAAACUCGCAGAUCUCGUGCUGUGGGAUCCUGCCAACUUCGGCGCGAAACCGGCCCAAGUCGUCAAGGGGGGGAUGAUUUCUUGGUCGCAGAUGGGGGAUCCGAAUGCUAGUAUUCCGACGGUGGAGCCGGUGUUUAUGAGACCAAUGUUCGGCGCCCUCAACCCCUGCACGACCGUAACGUGGGUCAGCCAGGCGAGCUUGGGCAAAGUUAGGAAGGAGUAUGGAUUGAAGAGUAGGGUUGAGGCGGUCAAGGGGUGUAGAACGAUUGGGAAGGGGGAUAUGAAGUUCAAUGACUUGAUGCCGAGGAUGAAGGUUGAUGCGGAGAGAUAUACUGUCGAGGCUGAUGGAAAGAUUUGUACGGCGGAGCCGGCGGAGACGUUGCCGUUGAGUCAGGGGUAUUUUGUCUUCUGA